AUCCUCAUUCAAAGUGGAGCAAGGUUUCCACCAUGUAUGCGACCAACAAAAGUCAUGCCAGUCGAUGAACGAUAUGUUUGUCUCAAUACUACUCUCCCCAUUAUGAAUGCUACUUGGACCAGUCUACGAAAAGGAGACAAACGAACACCUUUAGGUUUAUUGGAUCCUAUCUUUGAUGUGGCCAGUCCUGGCAUACAGAAUACGUCAUGUUCUUUACAAGAUAUAUGUGGUAUGAGUGGAUUUGCCAAUGCUUCGGUACCUGACCAAACAUUCCGGUUCUUUACUCCUCUCUUCCUUCACACUGGUGCUCUCCAUUUGCUUAUUGAUGGUGCUUUACAUUGGUUUGUUGCCAAAGACUUGGAACGUGUUAUGAAUCCUAUUCGUUUUGCUGGUGUCUAUAUCUUAUCUGGUUUAUUCGGUAAUGCUUUUGGCUCCAAUUUUGCUAUUCCCACCAAUCCAUUCAUGGGUUGUGGUCCUUCUCUAUUUGCUCUCUGUGGUUGUUCCUUGAUUGAUAUUAUAUUCAUGUGGCGACUGAUAGGUCAACCUGUUCGACAUAUGAUCAAGAUUGUUGUUUUUAUAGCUGCUGGUUUUGUUCUUGGUUUAUUACCAGGAGUGGACAAUUUUACUCAUCUUGGUGGAUUGAUCAGUGGACUUUUGAUUGGAUUGAUUAGCAUGCCUGCCAUUUAUUAUUCAAGAAGAUAUCAAAUUACCCUGAUCUUUUGUCGUUGUUUGGCAUUUGCUUUGUAUAUGGGACUCUCGGUCCUCUUUUGGAGCGACUUCUAUUCUGGCGAUGAUCCUGGCGAAUCUUGUGCAUUUUGUCGAUAUGUUUCUUGUUUACCAAUAGGUGGAUUUUGUGAUUGAUUCAUAUUCUUUAUUUUUUGACUUUGAAAGAUAUAUCAUUUACAUUUCUCUUUUUCUUUUUUCCAUGUUAUCAAAUAAAAAAACUAUUUUAUGACAAUUA